ACUUUGCCAUCAAUACUGAUGAUUAGAUUUCUUUAUUUAUUUUUCAUUAUUUUGCCUUCCUCUUUUGUAUAGCACAGUGGUCAGGUCUUGUGUUUAUUGUGCCAUAUAAGUAAAUAAAUGCAAUUAAAUUAAUGGAAACGAAACAGUGUAGUGUAGUUACAGUAAGACACACAAUGCAGAAAAACCAGUUUCUCUGGUAUGCAAUCAGGAAGAUAUAUAAACAAACACUUUUAUGUAAAAGAGGAAACUCAACUUUUGCACUCGAGUGCGUAUAAUCUCUCGGUCUGUGUUGAUAUACAGCGAAAAUGGCAGAAGCCAGGAUCUCAUGGGCUGAGGAUCAGUUCACGUGUCCAGUGUGUCUGGAUCUGCUGAAGGAUCCAGUGACGAUUCCCUGCGGACACAGUUACUGUAUGAGAUGCAUCACAGACUGCUGGGACCAGGAUGAUUGGAAGACACUCUACAGCUGUCCUCAGUGCAGAAAAACCUUCACACCAAGACCAGUUUUAGGUAAAAACGUGGUGUUUGCUGAGAUGGUGGAGAAGCUGAAGACGAUGAGACUCCAAUCUGGUCCUGUUCCUGCUGCUCCUGCAGUUCAUCACACAGGAUCUGGAGAUGUUCAGUGUGACUCCUGCACUGGAAUUAAACAGAAAGCAGUCAAAUCCUGUCUGGAGUGUCGAAGCUCUUACUGCCAAAAUCACCUUGAACAACAUGAGAAUCUCUUCAGAGGUAAUAGACACAAUCUGAUGGACGCCACCGGACGACUGCGAGAGAUGAUGUGCCCUCAACAUGAUAAACUGCUGGAGAUUUACUGCCGCACCGAUCAGAGAUGUAUCUGUAUGUUAUGUUUGGUGGAUGAACACAAAAACCAUGACACUGUAUCAACUAGAGUGGCAAGAGCAGAGAAACAGAGACUUUUUGAUGAAACACAGAGAAACAUCCAGAAAACAAUCCAGCAGAAAAAGAUCGAUCUAAAGCAGAUGAGAGAGGCUGUGGAGUCUCAUAAGCGCUCCGCACAGACAGCGGUGGAGGACAGUGAGAGGAUCUUCUCUGAAGUCAUCCGAUCCAUAGAGAAAUGUCGCUCUGAGGUGAAGCAGCUGAUCAGAGAUCAGGAAAGCGCUGCAGUGAAACAAGCUGAACAAAGACUGGCGAGACUGGAGCUGGAGCUUGAUGAUCUGAGGUGGAAAGAGACUGAACUGAAACAGCUUUCAAACACAGAUGAUCAUAUUCAUUUCCUGCAGAGCUGCCCGUCUGUCUCUCUCUCUGGAUCUACAGACAGCUUUACAAUCAGUUCUCGUCUCAGUUUCGAUGAGGUAGUGAAGUCUGUCUCUCAGCUCAGAGAUGAGCUGCAGCAGGUCUGCACAGAUGAAACAGACAGGCUAUCUAAAACAGUGAAAACUGUCCAGGUCAUUGUCCCGAGUCAACAGUUUACGACUAGGAAUGAGUUGCUACAAUAUUCCCAUCUGUUGACCCUGGAUCUGAACUCAGUGAAUUAUUAUCUCCGUCUGUUUGAAGAAAACACUGUGAUCACUUACUCUGACACACUUAUGCCGUAUCCUGACCAUCCAGACAGAUUUGACAGUUGGACCGAGGCGUUGUGUAGAGAGAGUGUGACUGGACGCUGUUACUGGGAGGUGGAGUGGACUGGUGAAGGAAGAUCAGGAGUAGAUAUAGGAGUGACAUACAAGAGCAUCAGCAGGAAGGGAGAUGGUCCUGAGAGCGCAGCUGGACGUAAUGAUCAGUCCUGGAGAUUGUACUGCUCUCCAGACUACUGCUCGUUCUGGCACAAGAACAUGGAGACCGUUCUUCCAGUAGCUAAUAUCUCCAGUAGAGUAGGAGUGUAUGUGGAUCACAGCGCAGGGACUCUGUCCUUCUACAGCGUCUCAGACACAAUGAGUCUCAUCCACAGAGUCCAGACCGCUUUCACUCAGCCGCUGUAUGCUGUGUUCGGACUGGACAAACAGACAGCGCUGAAGCUGUAUAGAAGAUUAAACAAUCCUGAUAUUUUACAUAUCCUCAAUCCAGAUAUUCUACAUGCUUUGCUACUUCGCAGAAUGAUGAUGUCGUGAGAUGUAUUUCUAGUUGUAAAUACCACUACUGAAUGAGCUGCACAUUUUUCAAAUGGUUUUCAAACGUCUGUAUAUCAAGAGCUUUGUGUUUAGCUGCACGCUCGUAAUAUACAAUAUUAUAUCUAUAAUAUAUCUGCCAUUUCUCUUUUGCUGAAAGUUUAGUUUCUGCAUUAACGUGGUUUGCAAAGUUGGGUUUUUUUUUCUGACCACAGUUAAAGACAUUUCGAACAUCUCAUCCAACGGGUUUCGUCAUUUUCAGAAAGCUCAGCACUUCUGCUACUUCUAGAUCAUUGGGUUUUUCAGGCAAUUAUUUGUGCACUUUUAUCUAUCAUAUACUGUAAAAAAUAAUUUGACCUGUACACAUUUAAAAUUCUAUUUUCUGAUUUUCUGGUUUUAUUGUAAUAUUGUAUUUUAUGAUGAUGAUGAUGAUGAUGAUGAUGCAUCAACUAUUAAAUGAUUCAUUUAAACUUCAUUCAUUACGCACAACGGAUUUUCUCGAGCAUUGCACAACUUUUUAACAGAACGAAUCACUAACAGAGUUCACAUUCAGAUAAUCAAUCAAUUCAGCCAAGGGGAAGCAUGUUCAGAGAAGCAACUUAAUUAGUAAAUGUACACAGCCAACAUACUUCUGUCCUAUAUACAACAGUUCAUCAGAUUAACUCAACGGAUUAGCUAGAUUUUGUGCCUUGCUUUAGUUUGUCUUGAUUUUUCAAAAUGACUCGCUUAUUCUGUGGUUCAAUGACUGCAGAUUCUCGCUUAAUAAUAAGCAUGAAUAAAUGUUUGAAUGCACCUUUAAAAUAACUGAAUGCAAACUUAUGAAUCAUUUUAUUGAUGUUUUUAGUGUUAAGAAUGACAAGCUGGAUGCCACACUUUCUUCUCCACAUUCCCUUCACGCAAUAUAACUCAUAAUUCAUUUUGACAAUAGCAUGACAUUAAUCAUGUUUAUUUAGUAGGCUACAGCGUGACUCUCACUGCGCAAGGCCUGUAAAUGUGCUUACUAUUUGGUCAAUCUGAUUAUAUGUAAGUGCAAAUUCACUCAAUUAUAUUUCGCAACCAAAACUGACUAACAUGCAUGAUAAUGGAUUUAUUCCGGUCACAAUAGCAGCCACCAAAAGCUUGGUGUCCAAGUCGUCUCUACGCUGAUUUGCAUCUCAUGGGUAUUAGUGAUGGGUGAGUGCUUCUUUGGUAACACAAACUGCGCAUGUAGAAACGGCUCGAGCAUGCGGCCCCUUCAAGACUUGUUGCAAUUGUGAAGAAGGCGCAUAAAAAUGAGAGAAGAGAUGCGAGCCGAUCCAAAUCCAGGUGUAAUAUGUGUGCGUGCAUCCUGUAAAAACACACCUGUUGCAGUCUCCGUGGCACAGUAAAAAAUAUCAAAGAAAAUAACUUUGUUGACUGAAUUCCUGGGCUCUGUCCAGCCCACCAGAGCCAGCGGUCCCUUCCACGGUCCUUUAAAGAUAGACUCAAAAUAGACUC